AAUCGGAACCACAGAGCGGAAGACGCAGCUGUCAGUCUCUCCGCCCUUUCGUCCGUCACAUCGUAUGGCUCUUCUACCGUCAGCGAGCUCGUACGACUGCAAUGUAGUGUGAAAAAUUCCGUACCGCGAGUGAGAUCGGUGUGGAAUAUUAUUUUUACGGCAAUCUUGCCGUAUCGCAGUCGUUCGUCGGUUCGCGUGUGGUUUGUGGAUUCAAGAUUUUCGUAUAAAAUCGACUGAAUCCCUUGCGUGACGUGCCGGGAUUUACGCAGCGAAGCCAUCAUCUACCAGAGAAACGAGACUUCCUGACAGCUUUGUCAGCAGUGAGUUCUACGGUAGAGCCCCCUCUAAAAAUCCCACCCCUCGCUGCGCCAGCUGUGUAUAUACAGUGAAUGAUAACAGGGGCGCAACAGUGGUCACUAUCAUUGCCGCCGGCACCGGGGAAUGGAAGACGAGCUGGAAGAUAAGAUCCUCUAUCAAACGUUCUUCAAAUCGCACAUGAAGCUCCUGUCCAAGUUCGCAGUCGGCGUAUCGCCGCUCAACAGUUCGGUCGGUUACGUCUGGAAAGUGAUGCGCGUCUAUCUGCUCAAGCCGGAGGUUCUGAUUGCCGGGUUGUUGAUUUUCGUCUUUGUGCUCUAUCUUCAAGCGAGCGAAGUAUGGAGCCGAGGAUUCAUCGGGAAAAUCAGCAGCAGUUUCGGCCUCUCGAAGGGAACCCGUUCCGGAAAGUUGGCGCUGCUGGCGUCGGAGGCCGAGAAGCGAAGCUGGGAGGACAAACGCGGCACUAGUGCAGUGUACGCCGUGCAGGGACGCCGACCACGGAUGGAAGAUCGGUUCGUAAUAGACGAGAACAUCAACGAUACCGGUAUAUCAUUGUUUGCAAUUUUUGACGGCCAUGGUGGAGAGUAUGCAGCUGAUUACGCCAAAACGGUGUUGGUUCGAAAUUUGAACAUGAAGUUGACACAAUCGUCUCAGAUCGCCUCGGGAAAAAUUACCCCAUCACCGGUGAUAUCCGACCUCAAGGACACCAAAGAUUGCGCCAACACCAAAGACUCAGACGACGAAGUGAACGAACGACACAAGCUCAAUUCAAACUCCGUCACAACUGUGGCCAAUGGCGGCAGUUCUUUAACGCAACGGAAGCAGAGUUUUCGGAAGUCCAAAACCGAAGACAUAGUAGACAAAACGAGUGGUGGCCUAGGAGGAACUAACAAUAAUGGAAACAGCAAUAACGCGAACCAACAGCUGGAGACCGAUCUGCUUAGCAAAUAUAUGGGCAAUCAGUCACCAAUGCGGCAACUGACGAAGGAAAAUUUACUGAAUGGAACGACGGGCCAGCAGAGCGCCAAUCCAAAGCCAAAAACGUACGAAGCCAAGUGCUACGUGCAGAAUGGCAGUAUUAAUUUUGGCAAGAUCAUCACAGACGAAGUGCUGGCGGCCGAUUACGAUCUGGUCGAGAUGGCGAAAAAAGUUUCGAACUUCGCCGGAACGACGGCACUCAUUGCGGUGAUGCAUCACACGAAGUUGAUCGUGGCCAACGUCGGCGACUCACGUGGCGUAAUGUGCGACCACAAGGGCAAUGUCAUCCCGCUGUCGUUUGACCACAAACCGCAGCAAGUGCGGGAGCAGAAACGGAUCGCCGACGCCGGAGGUUUCAUUUCCUUCAAGGGCGUCUGGCGGGUGGCCGGAAUUCUGGCUACCUCGCGUGCCAUGGGCGAUUAUCCGCUCAAGGAGAAGAAUCUUGUGAUAGCCGAACCGGACAUCCUGUCGUUCGAUCUGGUGGAUCAUCGACCGAUGUUCCUGAUUUUGGCCACUGAUGGGUUGUGGGAUACCUUUAGCAAUGAGGAAGCAGUCGCUUACAUCCGCGACCGGUUAGACGAACCCCACUUUGGUGCUAAAAGUAUCACGUUGCAGUCGUACAAUCGAGGCUCGGUUGACAAUAUUACGGUGCUGGUGAUUGUAUUCAAAAAUGGACGAUAUCAAAUCGGUUCAUCAAACGGAAACUGAACCGGAUCAUGUCUAUAAUCCUCUACUGACCCACUUAUUUUAUAGCACGUAAUUAAUUUCUAUUACUUGUACGGAAAAGCUUUUUAACAUGUCAUAGAGAAAACGUACCACUAGGUUCGUGGUAUAGUGUUUUAUUGACUUGAUAAAGUGUGCUGUGUUUAGUUGACUCAUAUUAUAGUACGAUCUCUCCCACACCGCUCCAUAUACAUAGAUAAAAGCAUGUAAUACUGCUACCAGCUUUGUGCUGGGAAACCUGAUUUCACCAGGACCAUUUACAUAUAAUUUCUGCUCGCGUACCAAAUAUUCUAUAGUUUUGUAACGUCCUUGUAGCUAGUAAGUAAAUUAGGUAGUUAAUACACAAAGACACACCUAAACGUAUAAGAUCUGCUAAAGAAGGGAAACUCAUUCGAAAAAAGAACACAUCCUGUUCAUCCUGUUUAAAUUUACACGCUUCCCGGGUGCAGCCGUUAAUGUCUAGCUCGUAAAUUAUUUUUAUUUUGUGUUCUAUUUAAAAUCAGUUCCGAAAUGCAAUUAUGUUAGCCCACUAAAUUAUUUUCGCUUCAUUUCAUUUAAAAAUAAGUCAUUUCUCAAUGCGUUUGUCUAUUAGGAAAGCCAUCUUGGUGCUUAUUUAUAACUGCUGUACUGUAGUUUCCCAUCAAAAAGCGAGCUUUCAAUCACGCUAAUCACUGUGCCUGAGUAAAAACAAUCGGAUAAGAUACGGUUUGUAGAACACAGUGCCAAAGAACAGCCUAUUUGAUAUGGUUGUAAGGCAAUUCAAAAGUAACACUUGGAUCAAACAUAAUAAUAGGCAAACAUUGUAACUUUCACUUCACUUUGACCAUGAUAAGAACAAACAUAAUGCAAGGAAAGAUCGGUUUAUAACGCAUCAAUAUGAACAAUACAAAAAAAAAAACAGCAAAAAAUGUUACAAUCACUUUAGAAACAACUAUUAUUGAUUUCAAACAAUUUGAGUAGGCGAGAUUAGAAUCUGAGGAGUAGUCGGAAAUAUCUCACAAACGCUCACGGAUUUCUAUAAAAAAACGAUCAUCGAUAUUUUAGUUGAAAGAGAAUUAGGAGAUUUUGAGAUAAAUCAACCUAACAAUGAAGUAAAUUGAAAUUUUAAUACAA